AUGGACAUAUCGACAGCAAAGGUCGUGCUGGCUCUCGAUGCAACGUGGGGCGUUCCUGACAAGCACGGAGACAUCCCGAAUGCACACGUGCGUACCGGACACGAAGCUCACCUCGAUAUCUGCCUGCAGGUGCUACGUGGGAUGAGCGUGUCAGAGAGUACUCUGCACAAGGUAGGCGCCGCGCAUCCAGGCGAGGUCGUCUUGAAGCUAAUAAGGAGCCUGCACUUGCUGAAGCAAGCCUGUCGCCUCUUAAAGCCAGUUGCUCCACGCGCGACUCAACGAUGCAGGGCGCACGCCUACGUCGAGGUCCUACUGGCGACGGGAACGAGUGUCGCGGCGGUCGAGAGUCUCUUCGCGAGCCUGGUGUUGCUGUAUAUCAAAGAUCUUGGUCAUCAUGAUCGUAAGUUUCUGGGGAUGCGAGUGGAGCUCGGAAGUGACGGCGCAUAUCGCAUUGACCAGGAGAAGGCCAUCAAGCGUGCUCACGGGAUGAGCGACGUGAACCUGACGAAGACGCCAAUAGAUGAAUGCUACGAGAUUGUAGGCGACGAUGCCGCGCUGCUGGAGACGAAUAGUGCAGGCGGUAGUGCGACGAUUAAUGCGUUUCAGUCACUCGUCGGGAGCCUGCUGUGGGUCGCGCGGUGCUCGAGGCCAAACAUUGCCUUUGCUGUGCACAAAGCGACGAGGCAGACGCACGCGCCGCGAGUGCUUGAAUGGAAGCUUUCCAAGCGUGUCACGCAAUAA